UGGUCCAGACAGUGCAUCUGCGCUCAGCAGCACACACGUCCACUGUGCACGCACGCACGUACGCACGCACACGCACGGCAUCGAUCGUGGCUCCUUUAAGAAAAGCCUCAGCCUGCAGGAUGAGCCCUCCUCCUCUUCUUCCUUCCCCUCCUCCUCCAAGCUUCUGCCGCUGCUGCUCUUGAGCUCCUCCAGACAGUCUUUGCAUAAGUAAAUCAAGCCGCGGGAGCGUGCAGCCACCAAAGCCAGGAGAGACGCUUCAUUCCGGGCCGUGACUGGGAACGCUGAGCCGGUGACGUUCCAGCAGCGGAGCUCCGCGCACAGGAGGACCCUCCUCGCAGCCGACACUUUGAGAUCCCAGAGACACGGACACCAGCCAUGAGAGUCGCCCGGUGUCUUUAAUUUUAUUUUAUUUUUUUGGGUGCUGGUGGAAUCGGAGCACCGGUGCACCCUCAGAAGGAGAGCCGAGGAUUGAUCGCCUUGGCUGGGGUCAACUUCACAGGCUGCACCGCUCACUGGCUGGAAGGGAAAAAGCCAAACAAAACCAAAGAAGGAUUUUUUUUUGGUUACUGUUUUUGUUUUGUUUUUUUUUUACUGAAAAAUCCUGCCGUUUUGUUUGGAUUUUGGUUGUUAAUUUGCUCUCCAGGCUGGCAUUGGAGCGGAUUUAAGUGGACUCAAAUCACGAACCAGCGAGGGGGCUUAUGGCGCAAAGGUACGAAGACUUGCCCCACUACGGGAUGGACGGGGUGGGCAUCCCGACCACCAUGUACGGAGACCCGCACGGAGCCCGCUCCAUGCAGGCCGUGCACCUCAACCACGGGCCCCAGCUGCACUCGCACCAGUACCCGCACACGGCCCACACCAACACCAUGCCCCCCAGCAUGGGCUCGUCGGUCAACGACGCUCUCAAGAGGGACAAGGACGCCAUAUACGGGCACCCUCUGUUCCCCCUGCUUGCACUGAUUUUCGAGAAAUGUGAAUUAGCGACGUGCACCCCCAGAGAGCCCGGGGUGGCUGGAGGAGACGUCUGCUCGUCGGAGUCCUUCAACGAAGACAUAGCAGUGUUUGCAAAACAGAUUCGUGCAGAGAAACCUUUAUUUUCAUCAAAUCCAGAACUGGAUAAUCUGAUGAUUCAAGCCAUUCAAGUUUUACGGUUUCAUCUACUGGAGCUGGAAAAGGUCCACGAGCUGUGUGACAACUUCUGCCAUCGGUACAUCAGCUGCUUGAAGGGCAAGAUGCCCAUCGACUUGGUCAUAGAUGACCGCGAGGGGGGCUCCAAGUCGGACAGCGAGGAGAUCACCAGGUCCUCCGUGGCCCUCGACCAGACGUCCUGGAACAGAGAUCACGACGACACGGCGUCCACGCGCUCCGGCGGCACGCCGGGCCCGUCAAGCGGCGGCCAUACGUCACACAGCGGCGACAACAGCAGCGAGCAAGGCGACGGGCUGGACAACAGUGUGGCCUCUCCGAGCACGGGCGACGACGACGACCCAGAUAAGGAGAAGAAGCGCAACAAGAAGAGGGGCAUCUUCCCCAAAGUGGCCACCAACAUCAUGAGAGCGUGGCUCUUCCAGCAUCUAACGCAUCCGUACCCGUCAGAGGAACAGAAGAAGCAGCUGGCACAAGACACGGGCCUCACCAUCCUACAAGUCAACAACUGGUUCAUCAACGCCAGGAGGAGAAUAGUCCAGCCUAUGAUUGACCAAUCAAACCGUGCAGUAAGUCAAGGAGCUCCCUAUAACCCAGAUGGCCAGCCCAUGGGGGGCUUCGUCAUGGACGGCCAGCAGCACAUGGGAAUCAGACCACCUGGACCAAUGGGCGGCAUGGGUAUGAACAUGGGCAUGGAAGGUCAGUGGCACUACAUGUAGCCCCGCCCCCGCCCACUGGGGCCGACCAAUCACAACACAGAGGCGAACGACCGCGGGGCACAGCAGGAGGUCACCUGUCACACAGAGGCCUACGGAUUUACGAGGGAGACCAGAUUCACUGACUUCCCCAUAACAUCAACAACAGCAUCUUACUUCCUUCCCGUGCACUUCCAAGGCCCUUGGACUUUACAAUUCGUCUGCUCUUCAAAGAUGAACCAAACCAACGUGCCCUUUCCCGCUCCUUGCUUGUUCUUUGGUGACCCCACACCCCCUCACCGCCGCCCGUCGCAAGGACCGGUCCUUUCAUUCUGAUUGUGACAGAGACACACCUGUGCACCCUUUUGGCUCCGCCCACUGAGGUGUUCUGGCCUCUUUCAGGGCAACACAAACAACAGAGACUUCCUGUUGACGAGCGCUGCGCUCUUUGGGAGGAGAAGCCAAUGUCUGUAAACCUGACAGGACACUGACAAACCAAAAAGAGUGCCCAGUUGAAAAAAGAAAAUCAAGAAAAUACAGUGAGGAAAGACAUUCGAAAAUAUAAAAAACUAUAUCAAGCCCAUUUUUUGGGAGGCGAGAGGAGAAAGUGAGAGAAAAUAUACUGUAAAGUGUUGUAAAAUGAUGCUGGACUCUCACAGGAACUGGGAAUUUAAGUAUUGUAAAUGCUAUUGUAUUGUUCUGCAUAUUAUGUUGUUUCUAAUAGAUUUUUUUAAAAAAAGGCUCUUUGCUCCU